CUUGUUCAUCCAGCUUUCAUCCAAUCUCAUCUCUGUUUAUUGUUUCCAAGCUCUGCGAGCUUUUUGUCUCCUCUUUUACUUAUCAUUCUUUUACCAGGCUGCAGGAACAGUCAUUCAUUACCAUAUUUGCUAUUUCUAAUUGCCUAUUACUCUCUCUAUCACGAUGAAGUUUUCUGCCGCCAUCAUCACUCUUUCGGCCGGUUUGGCCACUGCGACGCCUGUCUUUCGCACCCCAGCCCCAGGCAGACAUGUCUCUCGAUCCAUCAAGAAGCGACAAGUUCCCCAGGAACACUCCCACGACUUUGUCUUGACCAUCACUGGUGAGAUGCUCAGACUCAACAACCCCAAGGAGAUCCAAGACCCUGUUUUUGGUCUUCUGGGUGAUGCCGCUGCAAAGCAGGGUGCAGGAAGCGUCACCAACCUCGCUUGUCUGAAGCAGGAAACUGCUGAUCAAGCUUUUACCAACGCCAAGGAGAUUGGCGAUCUUCGUGGGAUGGCUGGUGCACUGCUCUUCCAGGCCAUUGAGCGCAACACCGGUGGUGUUGGUGUUGCCAGCAAGCUGUGCGAUGAAGCAGCUGUCAAUCCCGAGAUUGGUGCUCUCACGCAGCACCAGGAUGCUGCCUCUACUGGCGCCGGUGCUAUCAACAAGGCUGUUACUCUCGAGCUGUCCAAGCAGCUGGCUGGAAUUGGUGCUGACCCCAACUUGGCUCUACUGAGUGGUACAUUCGCACCAGGAGAUACCAGCGAUACCACCGGAAAGGGCAACUCCUGUGACCAGGAAGAACCCGACCUGGGCUGCAUCUUCUCCCAGGGUCUUCUUGUCAUGGAUGCGACAGAGGAUGAGAUCUCUUCUGCCGUAGCUGAUGUCACCCCAACAUUCACCGGAACAGGCGGCAUCUUUGCCACUGACCUGGUCGACCUGGCCUCAUUCUCUGUCGCCUCUGGCACUGAGGUCGCUGAUCUUGCUACUAUCGUCAACGGAGCCGCCACUGGUGCUGCCUCAGCUACUGCUACCGCUGAAGCACCGGCUGCUAUCAACACUGGCAAAGCUGCUGAGAAAACGGCGGGUGCAGGUGCAGGUGCUGGAGCUGGAAAGGGUUGCAAAGCCAAGUCAAAGACCGCCGCCAGCGCGACGACCUUGACUCCCCUUCCCAGCCGCACCUCUGGAGAUAGUGCCAAGGCCACCGGUGCCGCCAACAAUGCCCAGGGUGUGAACGUCCAGACCUUCACUGGUACACUGGGUGGAGCACCUCCCCCUGUCAUCUCUUCAGCUGCCGAAAAGCCUUUCUCUGUCAACGGAAACACCUUCAAUGGUGAGAGUGUUGCUCUCGGCCGAUCUUGUGAUAUUCAGCACAAUGCUUGUGCAGAUGCUGCUAACUCUGGUCAACUUGCGGGAGGUGUCGGACAGUGCGAGACUCAAUUGGCUGCUUGUCGCGCUGCCAUUCAGUAA